CCUGAACCGUUUAGAUCCUAAAACCAAAGAACCAGCAAACAUUGGCUUUGACCUUGGAGGAUUCUCUUCCUUUGGUAGAACUCCUUGUCCACCUGGAGCUGCAGCACUGGCGCAAGGAGCACUGCGAACGCCACCGGGUCUAGAGGAGUUUGCUAGAGGGACCACUCCUGAGAGCAUCAAUUCAACACCAUUACAUAGAACUCCUUGUCCACCUGCAGCACUAGUCGGAGGAAUGGAAAAACAGCCGGCGCUGUCAGUGAUGCCCAGCAUGUCGUAUCUAGGACGAGGACCACGACAAGAGGUAAGCCCGCCUCCUGGACUGAUAGAAGGUGGCGUUGCCUUUCGUCCCCCAGGUCUGGAUGAGUACUUGGGGAUGAGCCGCGGCGCUACAACUGUCGAGGGUUUAACUACACCUCCGUUAUUGCAGCUUCCAGAAGGAGCACAACUAGAAUUUCGUGAAGGUCCUAACGCUGCUAGUGCUAGUUCAGAUUUUGAAUUUGGUAAUAGCAGAGAUGGUCUAGUACAGUCCCCUGUU